UUUCCUAGUUAAUGCCAAACGUGGCUGCCGUAUUAAAAAGGAGUGGCUGUUACAUUAUAGAGCUGUCAAGUAAUUUCAUUUUUUAGGCAAAUGAAAAAUUAUUUGUUUUUAAUAUUUUACCAUUGAUAAUUGGAAAUAGAGAAUUAUAUACUGCAAAUUAUCCUUUUUAAAGAUGUCGUCUUCAGGCGAUUUUGGAAAUCCAUUAAGAAAGUUUAAACUUGUCUUUCUUGGCGAACAGAGUGUGGGAAAAACAUCUCUAAUCACUCGGUUUAUGUAUGAUAGUUUUGACAACACUUAUCAGGCUACAAUAGGUAUAGAUUUUUUAAGUAAAACCAUGUACUUGGAGGAUAGAACUGUCAGAUUACAAUUAUGGGAUACUGCAGGACAAGAACGUUUCCGAUCUCUAAUCCCUAGUUACAUUAGAGACUCUACUGUGGCAGUUGUAGUGUACGACAUUACAAAUGCGAAUUCUUUUCAUCAAACUUCAAAAUGGAUUGAUGAUGUUAGAACGGAACGUGGUAGUGAUGUAAUAAUUAUGCUAGUUGGAAAUAAAACUGACUUGAGUGAUAAACGACAAGUGUCUACUGAAGAAGGUGAAAGAAAAGCUAAAGAAUUAAAUGUGAUGUUCAUCGAGACUAGUGCUAAAGCAGGUUAUAAUGUUAAGCAGUUGUUUAGAAGAGUAGCGGCAGCUUUACCUGGUAUGGACUCUACUGAAAAUAAGCCUCCAGAAGACACUGUCGAUUUACAAAACCAAUCAUUACAAACAGGAGCAGAAUCAGAAAACGACAAUGGUUGUGUAUGCUGAAGAUUCGGUUGAAAUAAAUAAGCAUCAGUCUUCAAAUCAUAACAUGAAAACAUUUUUACUAAGAAAAAUAUUAGUUUUGUUCUUGCAGUGAGAAAAUAUGUUUGAUUCGAAUAAACGAUCAAGUACUUGUUUAUUAUUAAAUAAAUAUUUAUUUGUAUCAAAUAAUUUUGAAGACAGUUAAUUGGUAUUUAAUUGAAAUACAAUUUAUUUGAUUCAAGUAAUUUAUUAUAUUUCAUAAUAGUAGACAAGUAAUCGGUUAUUUGAAUCAAAUAAAUUUUUUUUCAUUGUGUUUAUACAACAAAUUUUGAGUGCUUUUUUUAUUUGUCACUUAAAAGUGCGAUAGUAAAUCGAUUGUCCGUCAGGCACCAGACCAACACCUCGACGGAUAUCCAAAAAGACGGAUUUUAUAUUCCUGUAGCCUUAUUUUGGACGUCUACAACACAUGGAAACAAUUUUGGAAAAAAAAAACCAUGUAUAACUACAUUUAUGAAAACAUUUUUAAAUUGUUUCUUUAAAAUUUACCACAAUUAGUGUCUUUGAUAAUUGGAUAUUUAUCUAAUUAACAUGUGAGUUUUCAGCAAGUCUUUUGCAAAUUGCAAAGAGGGCAUUUUUCUACUUUCCAGAUAGCACUUAAUUUACUAAUUUUAUUUUCAUAUAAUAUAAUAUAAUAUAUUGCAUAAAUGAAAUAAGUUGUAAUAACAAUUUUUAUUAAUUUUCCCAAAGUUAAUUAAAACUUUUAUGAAACAUAAUUAUUUAAUUAUUAUUACAUAUCUGGAUUGCUGCAAGCUUACAAACUAAUUGUGGGUAAAAGUUGAAAAUAUAUUAAUGCAUAAGAUCGUCUUGUAUUAUAAGUUAAAUAGCUAUGGUAUGAUUUUAAUAUAUUGUAGGUAAUAUUAAUUAGUAAAGUUUCAGCUUGAAUAGCUGUAAGCACUGCCUGUGAAAUAUCACAUAACAAUAUACUGCGUUUUAAAAUUAUAACUAUAGUAAUAUAUAAUUGUUAAGCCGAAAUUUACAUUUUCGACUGAUAUUCUUAUAAAAGAUGCAAGUAUUUAGUCAAAAAAAAAAAAAAACAAAAACAGCACUUUUACCUCGGUGUAUGGAAAUGUCUUGCAUUCAGUGCGUCAACAUAAUAAAAAUAAAAAAUAUUCUAAUUGAAUACGGAAAUUUUACAGCUUGAUACAAAUUCAAAAUUCAGAUGCAUUAAUCAGUGUAUAAGAAAUCAAACAGCAAUUCAAUAUAAAUCUAUCCCAAAAAUAAAUACAGUAUGAUGUGAACUCUUAAAUUUAUUUUGAUAGUGUUACUUUACACAGCAAUUAUCAUGUUUCAAAAAGAAAAUGUUUAUUAAUAUCAGUAACUACGUGUAUAUGUAUAUAUCCUCAAACAGCCUGUAGGCUUGCAUCAAAUUUUAACCGCAAGUCAGAAUGAUAUUCUUUUACAGAUUAUAAAAAAUGCAGAUUGAUAUUGAAUUGACUUUUGAAAGAAAAUGUUUAUUAAAGGGAUGCGCGUUGAUGUCUGCAAAGGUACUUUAAUUUGGUAGUGGUUUUUAUACUAUUUGAUCAAAUCGAUUCUUGAGUUGUAAUAUUUGACUGAACUAAAAUUUGCGACCUAAAUAAUCUAUAUUAUACAAAUAUUCUUAUACGUAUAAAAAACCAUUAAAAUAUUCUUAGGAUAUCAUAUGCUAUGAGGAAUAUUUAGAGUAAAAAUUGAUAUAGUAAAAUCCUUUUGUAUUUAAUUUUUACGAAAAUAUUGAUCCAUAAUUUAUGAACGUUCAAAUGAACAAAAUCUUUCGUCGCUAUAAAUAUUUUCAAAAAUCACCGACUGCAAUAAGAAGAAAAGAAUGUAAAUUAAGCAUUUAGAGAUUUCAUAAAUUACUUUCUCACACGUUACAAAGUAUUACUAUAAAAUGAGACUUUCUUAAUUUUGAAAAGAAAAUAUGUAAAUAAAUUUCGUUCAUCUGAAAGUUCAGAAUUUUAUGCACAUCGAAAAUAAAAUAAAUAUUUCGACAUUUUAAGAGUAA